AUGGAGGUAAUAGAUAUAAGCAGAAUUAAUUUAGUGUUGACAUGCAUUAAAAAUAUUGAAAGUUUUGAUGGAACAGAUCAAAACCAAUUACCAGAUUUCAUAUAUCAAAUUGAGAAUAUUCUGCCAUCAUUUCAAAAAUUUGACGGUACAAUUGAAAAUUAUUAUCUUAAAAUAAAUGAAUUAGCAAAUAAAAUGCACAACAGAAAUUUAACUCACGGUGAUACCACAUAUACAACUCAAGAAGUAAAUAGAAUUUCUUUAAAAACUUUUAGAGAUCACCUCCCAGAACCAACGCGUACCAUGAUUUUUGCUAGAGAUCCCAAAAGUUUAGAAGAUGCAUUUAAAAUUUUAUUAGGUGCAAGACAUCAAAACUAUACACAAUUUGGACACACAAAACAAGAAAAUUUUAGCGCGAUAAGGACCAAUUUUAGUAAUGAAUAUAAAAAGUCUCACUUUUUACAUAGAAAUCAACAAAUUAAUAUACCAGGUAAUUUCGAUCAAAAUUAUUCCUAUGAUCCUGCAGUUCAAAUUGUAAAAGGCAAUCUGAGAAUAAAAUUCCGCAACAAAUUAAUCCUUAUCAAUCAAGGUCAUGGAAUGAACAAAAUACGCAAAAUUUUCGUAAUAUGGAUCAGCAAGUAG